ACAAAGGGUGAGAGAGGGGCGUGGGGAGACUGCAAGGCGUCGCAGCCCCGCCUGGCCAGGUGAUGCCCGCUCGAGUAGCCUGCCCCGGAGUGCGGACAAGAAGGCUAAACUUGGGGCUCAGGAUAUUUGAAUGCCGCGGAAAUUGCCGUCCUACCCAGCCGAGUCAGGGCGAGAGGAGCGGGGUGCGUGCGCGAGCUGAGUGAGCGCUUACGUCGCCGCUAGAUCUGUGCUGGGAUAAUUAGAGAGGAGUUGGGCUGAGCCGAGUCCUCUUUUAGCCGCGGCAGCCGGAGCCGCCGCAGCAGCCUCAGCCCGGAGGGGCGCGCCUGACUCCCGCCGCCCGGCGCGCACCGGGAGAGGCCCGCGCCCCGCAGCAGCCGCCCCGCCGCGCCCAGCGCCCGGCCGCUGGGGCGCACAAAGGCGGCGGCCGCCCGCGUGGCCUUCUCCAUCCAGGCAUUGGAACCCUGCUCCCUCCCUUCUCCUCUCCCGGGGACGCGGAUGGCAGGGCCAGGCGAGGACCUGGGACGCCGGUGGCCCUAGCUCCGCACCCCCACCCUCCUGCUGGGAGAGGCAACGGGCUGCUGGCGGACGAUGUGGUCACGGCUGCUCCCCAGUGCGUCUUCGGCCCGGGUCCCAGCUGCCGCCCCUCUUCUCUGCUCGUGCCAUCCCACGGAGAGGAGUUGAUGCUGCUGUCGCCGCCGCCGCCGAAGCCGGGGCUGAUGGAUGCCAGGGAGUGCCGCAUUGCUUAGCGUCCCCGCCUCCGGGUUUGCUGACGCUCUCUCCCCGCCCUGGAGCUCAGCGCUGAAGAGCCACCUUAUUAUUAAUCAGAAUUCCCAUCGUUAUCCCUGGCAGGCGCAUCCUUCAGUAGAGACCGCAGAAGCAUCACAGAGCUGGGGCUGAGAUGUGCGUGGGGGUUGUUUUUGUUACAUCUUGGAAGAGAAGAGGACAGUACCAAGAUCAGUGCCAAGCGCGCUGGGUGGGUUUAGGGGUGUUUUGUUAGGACUGAGGAAGGACAAGGAGUGUUGGGCCCGCCAGAGGUCCACAUCGCUUUAAAAGAAAGGGAAGAAGGAACCAAAGUGACGCGUUGUUUUUAAGGGGUGGGAAAAGAAGUUUAUACCCCCCAGAAAAAAGCUGCGGGAAAGCAGGAGCAACAGGGUACUUAGUCUGGACACCAAGACAAAUAAUUUCCUGUACAGAAGAGGAAGCAGGCUGCAGUGAGGUCCAGAGGCCAGAGCGUGGUGGUGGCAAAGGCCAGGUUUGUUGUGGGACAGUCAGCAAGAGGAAGGGAAGGUUCAGGAAUAAGCAGAACAAUGACUCAUUUACAAGCUGGUCUCUCUCCUGAGACCCUGGAGAAAGCUCGCUUGGAGCUCAACGAGAACCCAGACACACUGCACCAGGACAUCCAGGAGGUGAGGGACAUGGUCAUCACCAGGCCGGACAUUGGCUUUCUGCGCACAGAUGAUGCCUUCAUCUUACGCUUCUUGCGGGCCAGGAAGUUUCAUCACUUUGAGGCCUUCCGCCUCCUGGCCCAGUACUUUGAGUACCGGCAGCAGAACCUGGACAUGUUCAAAAGCUUCAAGGCCACUGACCCUGGCAUCAAGCAGGCACUGAAGGAUGGCUUCCCUGGGGGCCUGGCCAAUCUGGACCACUAUGGCAGGAAGAUUCUAGUCCUUUUUGCAGCCAACUGGGAUCAGAGCAGGUACACACUGGUGGAUAUUUUGCGUGCCAUCUUACUUUCUUUAGAAGCCAUGAUUGAAGAUCCUGAGCUUCAAGUGAAUGGAUUUGUUUUGAUCAUAGACUGGAGUAACUUCACCUUCAAGCAAGCCUCCAAACUUACACCAAGCAUGCUGCGAUUGGCUAUUGAAGGCCUUCAGGAUAGUUUCCCAGCACGAUUUGGAGGAAUUCAUUUUGUCAAUCAACCAUGGUAUAUCCAUGCCCUGUACACCGUGAUCCGGCCUUUCCUAAAGGAGAAGACUCGGAAAAGGAUAUUUCUACAUGGUAACAACCUGAACAGUCUACAUCAACUAAUUCAUCCCGAGAUCCUGCCUUCUGAGUUUGGAGGAAUGCUGCCCCCUUAUGACAUGGGAACAUGGGCAAGAACACUGCUAGACCAUGAGUAUGAUGAUGACAGUGAAUACAAUGUAGAUUCCUACACCAUGCCCAUGAAGGAGGUGGAAAAGGAACUCUCCCCCAAGUCCAUGAAGAGAUCCCAAUCGGUAGUGGAUCCUACAGUAUUAAAACGCAUGGAUAAAAAUGAGGAAGAAAACAUGCAACCUUUACUAUCUCUGGACUGAUAACUUCUCUGCACUCCCCAUGGAUUAGAAAUGGAAGGUACUUGUUUUCAGCAACAGGGACAGCACUGUGGAGGAAUGACCAGCUGGAAACUUAUUUAUUCAUGUUAAUGUAGCAUAAUAUAUAAUAAGGCACUGGGUUUCCCAUUUGCUUGAACCAUGGGUGCCCUGGUCUGGAGUUAAAGAAAAAAGUCAAUAAUUUAUUCUGUAAGUGCCAAGUUCUUUGUAAAUAUAAUCUAAUCCUCACAUCAAGUUUGUAAACUUUGGUAGUAACUGAAAUUGGAGAAGUUUGGCUCAUGAGUCCAUGCCAGUGAUAUGAACUAUAACAAAAAACAGAAAAGACACAUACAUGAUGGAAGCUAAUUUAAUGUAGCCCUGUUUCCUAUGAAGCCAUAUUUUAGCUCUCAUAGUGAUUGUUUCAAUGUUUUUCUCUGAAAUUGUCAUAUUCCAAUGUACUUUUAAUGGACACAGGUAACUAGAUGAUUCUAGGAAAUUAGUAUGAUAAAUGUAUUUCCUGUCUAGUAAUUUUCAUUUCACAGAAAAUGUGUCCUAGUGACUAUCACCGGCCUUGAAUUUUGGAGACAAGGAAUGGCAGAAGAGCUGGUAAACUAAACACUUGAACUCUUCUAUGUUGUUUAAUUCCUGGAGUCUUGUGAAACGAUAUGUUCCCCAAAUUAAGAUGUGGAAUUCUAAGAGAGUGGAUUUUUUUUUAAACUGCUGUCUUCAUAAUGUGUCUUUUAUUUGAGAUCCUAUUGUAUCCAUGUCUGAUGUACUUUAAGAACAUUUUCCCCCCAAAACUCUUUGACCAAGAGAAAGAGAACUCAUACGUGAAUAGCGUUUUGACAACUAACUUUGGAUAUAAAAGUUGCCAUGUACAGAUAAGGGGCUAAUUUCUAAUUCUUGUGCACUGGUUGGAAAUAUAUAUAUAUAUAUAUAUAUAUAUAUUCACAUGCACAUAUAUAUUUUUAUUGAGUUCUAAUAAAUCCUUGAUGUGACAGGCUUAUAAAAUAAAUCAUACAUACUCAAUGGUCUUA